AACGGCUGGGAAUUUGUAAAACUUUAUGUGUGAUACAAAAGUUACUCCAUUAGGCACACAACAUAAACAAUAGGUAUAAUGACAAGGAUCGGAUAUUUUAUUUUAUAUAAAGUACCUUUCUUUUUUUUUAUAUUUUUAUUUUACUUUAUUUACAUACCCUACCACUUCCAUUCUUUUUUUUAUUGUUGUUGUUGUUGUUGCUCUAAUACCUUCCUUUUGUCAAUUAAUCAAAUGACUAUACCUGACCUUAUUCAUCACCAUAAUCCUGUGCGAUUUUCUUUGGUAUCUUGUGUGACAGAAGAUAGUAUUGAUUCAGCUGCUCUAGCUACUCCAUUGGAUGCCUCUCCUCCUCCUCCUCCAUCAAACACCUUUUCUAUCAUCAACAUUGUAAAUGAUGAUCCACUUCCCGAUUUAAAAGCCUACCCAGCAAUUGCAGCUACCUAUACAAGACGCAGACGUGCCCAAACAUCUCCUAGGCCAGUUCCUUCAUCCAUUAUGAUGAAUACUAUACCUCAACAGCAACCCAUUAUGAUCCAUGACUCCCCACCACCACCAACAGCAACAACUGAUACCACAGAUAGCUCCACAAAAUCAACCAAGUUCUGGCCUAGAAUUAAACGAAUGAUGACUCCCACAAAUACAAAUACCGAUAAAAUGAAGCAGCUAUUCGAAUCCAUGAAUAUGACUGGCAACACUGAUGAGAAACAAGAAACAUCCAGUGCAAAACUACAAGAACAGAAAAGUAAGCGCUGGCUUGGUAGAAAUCGAGCAAGAGUGGGACCUCAACGCUAAAAAGAACAUAACUGUUGUUAUUUCAAACACCACCUUUGGUUUCCAAGACAGAUAAUAGAUUCUUUAGAUUAGAAUAGUGAUCGAAAAGUAUGUAGCCCAAGAUUACUACAUCUUUUCACAUGUAGUUUUUUCAUUUGUUAUUUGAAUUAAAAAAAAAAAGAUUUUUUUAGGAUCUUGAGGACGGGAACGCGUAAGAAACGACAUUUUUACGGUAUCUUACGAACUUAAUGUCCGCUUAAACAUUUCCGAUUAAUUGUUCAC